UGAUAUUACACAUAAUAGAAUGUAUAUUGAUCCAGUGAAUUAUUUAGAAAAUUUCAUUCAUUCCCUUAGUGAUAAUAAUAAUAAUAAUACUGAUAAAUUGGAAUUGAAUAAAUUACUUCAAGCAUUGAAAUGUCGUCUAGAAGAUUAUCAACGAAUCUAUCAAUCUAAUCAUCAUCAUCCAUAUUCUAAUUUAUCUCAUCUAUGGUUACUAAUAACCGAUUUAAAUUUAUCUAAUAUUCAAUUAAAAUUAAUACCAAAUGAAAAUAUAUUUGGUUAUUUAUUAAAUUUAAAACGUUUAUGGUUACAUAAUAACCAAUUAAUGAAUUUAAAUAAUUGUUUAAUUAAAUGUAAUAAAUUAAUAGAAUUAAGAUUAAAUUCAAAUCAAUUACAUAAUAUCUGUGGACAAUUAUAUCAAUUACAUUGUCUUGAAAUAUUAGAUUUAUCAAAUAAUCAUUUAGAUAAUAUAAUGGAAAUCAACAAAGAAUUGUCAAGAAUGCAUUUUCUACGUGAGCUUAAUUUGCUUGGAAAUCCCGCUGUUCUACAAUCGGAUUUUAAAUCUUUACUAUUAAGUUCACAUUCAACAUUGACUGUUCUGAAUAAACAUGAAAUCUUAAGAGAUCAAUUUAAGUGGAGCAAAUUAAAAACCAAUUAUUGUCCAAAGUAUAUUCAGAAACAAUCAAGCAAAAGGAAAAGAAAUGUACCUAUUGAAGCAGAAACUGAGGAAAAACUAGUCCAAUCUCCAAUGAAUCCUGACAAAGAAAUUGAAAUAUUUGAAGAAAAUUUGAAAAAAAGAUUUCAAGCCAAAACGAUUACAGAAUUUAAAUGUUUCGACUGGUCAAUGAUACCAAAUAGUGAAAUGAAACGAUUAAAUUCAAGAACUACUGUGCCGAAAAAUAUUGUAGUUCAAUCACAAUUGUAA